UUUUUUUUUUCUUCGCACCAUCCUUCACAUAUUACACCAUGUCUGGUACAAACAACCGAUUGGCUGUCUUCCCAACACGAAUGACACUGAGUGUUAUGAAGCAGAAGCUUAAAGGCGCUCAGACAGGGCACAGUUUACUAAAGCGCAAGAGUGAAGCUCUAACAAAACGAUUCCGAGAAAUUGUCAAGAAAAUCGACGACGCCAAACGUUUAAUGGGCAGGGUCAUGCAGGUUGCCUCGUUCUCCUUGGCGGAGGUCACGUACAUCACUGGAGAUAUCGGUUAUCAAGUUCAGGAGAGUGUGAAGAAUGCUCAGUUUCGUGUCCGUGCAAAGCAGGAGAAUGUCUCCGGUGUCAUGCUUCCUGCCUUUGAAAGUUAUCAGGAGGGAACAAAUGCCAAUGAACUUACGGGUCUUGGUCGUGGUGGACAGCAGGUUCAGAAAUGCAAAGAUACAUAUAUCAAGGCUGUCGAAACAUUAGUCGAAUUGGCAUCGCUGCAGACUGCAUUUGUUAUUUUGGAUGAAGUGAUCAAGUUGACCAACCGUCGCGUUAAUGCAAUUGAACACAUCAUUAUUCCCCGCUAUGAGAAUACGAUCAAGUUUAUUAUCUCGGAACUGGACGAGCAGGACCGUGAGGAAUUCUUCAGACUGAAGAAAGUCCAAGGCAAGAAGAAAGAGGCUGCAGCCCGUGAUACCCUGGAAAGAGAAGCUAGACAAGCUGAAGAAGGCAUGCAGGCUACCAAAGUUGGAAGCAGUACAGUUGCAGAUCCAUCAUUUGCAGACUCAGGCGAUUUACUGGGAGACGGGGACGAGGAUGUUAUUUUCUAGUCCAGUUUAUUUAUCACAUUGGAGUAAAUGGCUGCAAUACCGUUAUAGGUAGUCGAAAGCAGGGAGGUGUGUAAUAAAGUACAUGGAUUUCUAUUAAGU